AUGGUUGCCAACAGCGUAAACAAGACCGCUCUUCACCCAAGUGGUGUCCAGCCGCAGCGGGAGCACACCGAGAUAGAGGAGGAGCUGCACACGAGGGCGCACAUUGACUAUGACCGCGUAGCGAUCAUUGCCAAUCCCUCUGUCGCUGCUCUCUACGAGGAUGCCCUCGUCUACGAGACCGGCUCUGCCAUCACCUCGACUGGCGCUCUCUCCGCCUACUCUGGCGCAAAGACUGGCCGGUCACCGUCAGACAAGCGCAUUGUCAAAGAAGAGGGCUCCGAGAAGGACGUGUGGUGGGGACCGGUCAACAAGCCCAUGACACCAGACGUCUGGAAAAUCAACCGAGAACGUGCUAUCGACUACCUGAACACCAGGAACCGCAUCUACGUCGUCGAUGGCUUCGCCGGCUGGGACGAGCGCUAUAGGAUCCGCGUCCGGGUCGUGUGCGCGCGUGCGUACCAUGCCCUCUUCAUGCGAAACAUGCUCAUCAGGCCCAAGAGGGAGGAGCUUGAGGGCUUCCAUCCCGACUAUGUCAUCUACAAUGCUGGCGCUUUCCCUGCCAACAGGUUCACCACCGGCAUGACCUCAGCGACUUCAGUCGCCAUCAACUUCGCCGAGAAGGAGAUGGUCAUCCUCGGAACGGAGUACGCUGGUGAGAUGAAGAAGGGUAUCUUCACCGUGCUCUUCUACGAGAUGCCAGUCAAGCACGACGUUCUGACCCUCCACUCGUCGGCGAACCAGGGCAAGAGUGGUGAUGUAACGGUCUUCUUCGGCCUCUCAGGUACCGGCAAGACUACCCUGUCUGCCGAUCCGAAGCGUGCUCUCAUCGGCGACGACGAGCACUGCUGGAGUGAUAAGGGUGUCUUCAACAUCGAGGGCGGUUGCUACGCCAAGUGCAUUGGCCUGUCAGCGGAGAAGGAGCCUGAUAUCUACGGCGCCAUCAAGUUCGGCGCCAUAUUGGAAAACGUCGUAUUCGACCCCUCGACCCGAAUCGUCGACUACGAUGAUGCCACCCUGACUGAGAACACCCGCUGCGCCUACCCCAUCGAAUACAUCGAGAACACCAAGCUUCCAUGCAUCAGCGAUGGCCACCCCACCAACAUCAUCCUACUCACCUGCGAUGCUCGCGGUGUGCUACCACCAAUCUCGAAGCUCAACACUGAGCAAACUAUGUUCCACUUCAUCUCCGGCUACACCUCCAAGAUGGCUGGCACUGAGGACGGCGUCACCGAGCCGCAAGCCACCUUCUCGUCUUGCUUCGCGCAACCCUUCCUGGCGCUGCACCCCAUGCGCUACGCCAAGAUGCUGGCAAGCAAGAUCGCCGAGCACAAGGCCAACGCCUGGCUUCUCAACACCGGCUGGGUCGGUGCAGGCGCCACGACCGGCGGGAAGCGCUGCCCCCUCAAAUACACUCGCGCCAUCCUCGACGCCAUUCACUCCGGCGAGCUGGCCAAGGCCGAAUACGAGACCUACGAGACGUUCAAUUUGUCGGUGCCCAAGACCUGCCCUAAUGUGCCGGAUGAGCUGCUCAACCCAGCGAAGAGCUGGACCGGCACCGCGGAUUUCAAGACGGAGGUCAGGAAGCUCGGGGAGUUGUUCAAUGAGAACUUCAGGAAGUACCAGGACGAGGCGACGCCCGAGGUCCUCAAGGCGGGGCCGGAGAUCAAAUCCCGAGCCUCGCUGCCUCCGCCAGGCCCUCGAGCGCUGCCUACACCCGCAACGACCCUAGCUUUCGAUCCUCAGCAGGAGCUGUUAUGGGCCGGAAACGAAUUCGGCCGAGUCAAUUCCUUCUACGGCCCGAAGCUACAGAACUAUACACGAUGGAAGGCACACCCGAACGAAGGUCAUGUGAAGCAGAUUCUGCUCUGCGACAGAGGCGUCAUGUCCUUAUCGGCGACGAGUAUACACCUCUCCCUUAGAAAGGGGCUGAAUCAAUGGCAUCUUGGGCAUGAUGAGUUCAAGGACCUGCAAUGCAUGACCUUUACCUCUAGGGGCACGAAUGAGGUGCUGGUUGCCGGUCGACAAGAUACUAUGUUUAAAAUCGAUAUCGAGAAGGGAACCAUCUUAGCAACUCUUCCAGCCGAAGCCGAGUACAUGAUGAUGAAGAAAAGCACGCAGUAUAUAUGCGCAGCGACAAGUACGGGUGCCGUACACAUCAUCGAUCCGAAUUCGUUCAAGGUCAUCAAGCAGUGGGCAGCACAUAUGGGCGGCAUCAAUGACAUGGACACCCAAGCGACGUUCCUCGUAUGCUGUGGCUAUUCACUGCGACCCCAUCACGGUUACGUCUUGGAUGCUUAUGCGAGCGUCUUCGACCUCAAGACUCUGAUGCAACUACCGCCAAUCCCGUUCCAGACCGGAGCCGCUUUCGUGCGCAUGCAUCCCAAGAUGUCAACGACCAGCAUCAUUGCCUCUCAGAGCGGGCAGAUUCAGGUUGUUGACCUGAUGAACCCAAACUCAUUCAAUCUGCGCCAGGUCAACCUACCCUACGAAGUUUGGCUGAAGUUUCUGGAAAUUGCGCCCUCAGGCGAGGCUCUUGCCAUGGCUGAUACGCAGUGCAACAUAUAUCUGUGGGGUUCACCGACAAAGAUACAGAUCACGGAGUAUCCUCAGCCUACAGAGUUUGCUGAUACGCCUGCUCCGAUUCCAAAGUUGGAUUACUGGAACCCCGAAACACCAUUGAGUAGCAUCGGCAUGCCGUACUACAACGAAGUCCUCCUCUCUGCCUGGCCCUCUUACCUGGUCUCGGAAGUCGGCGCACCCCCAGCAAAGAUCGACCCAGCAAUACAGGCCAAUCUCAAACGAGCAGAUGUCGGCCUUUUUGCACCGAAUCCACGUACGAGGCAUCGGAACCAAGUGGAGGAUGCACGACGGUUCGAUAAAAAGGACGGCGCGAUACCGACCCCUCGAUUCUUGAGCGACAAACAGGCUACUCAAUCCGAGGUAGAGAGGGGCAUAGCUGAUGCGCUGAACGACCUUAUGCUUCAAGGUGCGACGAAGAAGAACGUGCCGCCGAUGUAUGGGAAUGUGGAGAUUAAGUAUAGUAAAUUUGGGGUUGAUGACUUCGACUUCGAGUUUUACAACAAAACCAAGUUUUCUGGCCUAGAGACCCACAUCGCCAAUUCUUACGCCAAUCCGCUUCUGCAAGUCUACAAGUUCACUCCUGUUCUAAGGAACCUAGCGUUACAACAUGCGGCGACAUCUUGUCUCUACGAGACCUGCUUGCUGUGCGAGAUGGGUUUCCUGUUUGACAUGCUGGAGAAGGCAAGCGGACAGAACUGCCAGGCUACGAACUUCCUGAAGACGUUCAGCGGCCUUUCUCAAGCUCAAUCGUUUGGUUUGCUGGAAGAGCACUCACCUGAUACUGCUUUGACGGUUAUGAUACAGAACUUCAACCGCUUCUUGCUCGACAAGAUAGCUACGGAUUACAGGCAGAUAUCGCCAUCCCCGAACCAUAUGGAGCAGGCAUUGGCAACCGCAGCUGUAUCACACAUCCGCUGCUCAGGGUGCUAUCACGAAUCAGUCCGCCCUGGAAACUCUUACCUACACGAGCUCUUCUACAGCCCUAAGAUUGCGUCAAAGUCUCCCGGGCGCGGAGGGGCACCAACGUUUUCACAAGUGCUCAAAGAGAGCGUCGAGCACCAGCACCAGACGCGUGCCUGGUGCGAUCGAUGCAAGCGCUACCAGCCUCUGACGACGAAGAAAUCGAUACAGGGCGUGCCUCCUGUACUCAUGAUUAAUGCAGCAGUGCAGAGCGAUGCGGCGAAGCAGUUGUGGGCUACGCCGAAUUGGCUGCCACAGGAGAUAGGCAUCAUCCUGGAUGGUGGCCACUUUUUCUGCUAUGAGGGUCAAGACAUUAAGAGCCAUCUGGAGCGGGGUAUAUUCGAUAUGAAGGUCUACGAGCUCAUUGGUGUGGUUGCGGACGUUAACAGUGGGGAGCAUCAGAAGCCGCAUCUGGUGUCGAUGAUCGAUGUUGAACCAUCAUCUCAAUCACCGCAAACUGAAAACCAGUGGCAUCUCUUCAACGACUUCUUGGUGCAUCCAAUCACGAAGGAGGAAGCCCUACGCUUCGACACGACCUGGAAGCUCCCAUCUAUCCUCACAUACCAAGCCAAACUCCACAGUCAUGCCAUAGAUGAUACGUGGAAGGAGCACAUCGACCCCUCACUGCUAUGGAUGCCACGGGCCUCACUCCGAGACAGAUCCAGCGAGUUGAGGCUGCUAGACCCCUCAACCGAGUCCCCCAAGCCCGGCUACCCGGUUGCAAUCGACGCCGAAUUCGUAGCACUCCAGCGCGAAGAAAUCGAAGUCAAAGCCGACGGCACUCGCGAAACCGUGCGCCCGUCCCGCCUCGGCCUCGCCCGCGUUUCGGUCUUGCGCGGCGCGGGCGCAGAUAUGGGUCUCCCGUUCAUAGACGACUAUAUUGCGAUCCAGGAGCCCAUCGUGGACUAUCUGACGGAGUUCAGCGGGAUCCAUCCAGGGGACCUCGACCCCAACACGUCGCCGCACGCGCCUGUGAGCUUGAAGGUCGCGUACAAGAAGCUCUGGAUCCUGCUCAACCUCGGCUGCGUCUUCGUGGGCCAUGGUCUCCCCAAGGACUUCCGCACUAUUAAUAUCCAUGUCCCGAAAAGCCAGGUCGUGGAUACGGUCACGCUAUUUCACCAGAAGAGCCAGAAGCGGAAACUCAGCCUCCGCUUUCUGGCUUGGUGCGUGCUGCAUGAGGAGAUCCAGCAGGCGGAGCACGACAGCGUUGAGGAUGCGCGCACGGCGCUCAGGCUCUGGCGUAAGUGGGUAGAGUAUGUGGACGCGGGCGUCGAGGAGCAGGUCCUCGAGGAAGUGUAUAGAAAGGGUAGGGAGGUCGGGUUCAAGCCGCCGGGUGCAAGGCCCAGAGGCGUCGAGAGGGAGAAUGGACGCGAGACGCCGGAGCUGGGUGGGGCGAGUCCGGCGGUUACGCCUGCAAGGAAAGCGGUCGGGUUGGCUUUUGGGAUGGGCAGGAGUGGGGGCUUUGGGAGUCCGAUGAGGUAG